CCAUUCCCAGAGGAAGAAAAUGUCCAAUGGUAGCUCCAUCACCCAGUUCCUUCUCCUGGCAUUUGCUGACACAUGGGAGCUGCAGCUCUUGCACUUCUGGCUCUUCCUGGGCAUCUACCUGGCUGCCCUCCUGGCCAAUGGCCUCAUCAUCACCGCCAUAGCCUGUGACCACCACCUCCACACACCCAUGUACUUCUUCCUCCUCAACCUCGCCUUCCUUGACUUGGGCUCCAUCUCCACCACUGUCCCCAAAGCCAUGGCCAAUUCCCUGUGGGACAAGAGGGUCAUCUCCUGUGCAGGAUGUGUUGCACAGGUCUUUCUGUUAGUCUUUGUGAUCUCAGCAGAUUGUUUUCUUCUCACUGUCAUGGCCUAUGACCGCUACGCUGCCAUUUGCAAACCCCUGCACUACGGGACCCUCCUGGGCAGCAGAGCUUGUGUCCACAUGGCAGCAGCUGCCUGGGGCUGUGGGUUCCUCUAUGCUGUGCUGCACACUGCCAAUACCUUUUCACUAUCCUUCUGCCAAGGCAAUUCUGUGGACCAGUUCUUCUGUGAAAUCCCCCAGAUCCUCAAGCUCUCCUGCUCAGAUGCCUACCUCAGGGAAGUUGGGGUACUUGCAGUUAGUGUCUGUUUUACAUUUGGUUGUUUUGUUUUCAUUGUGCUGUCCUAUGGGCAGAUCUUCAGGGCUGUGCUGAGGAUCCCCUCCGAGCAGGGACGGCACAAAGCCUUUUCCACGUGCCUCCCUCACCUCGCUGUGGUCUCCUUGUUUGUAAGCACUGGCACGAUCCCUGGCAUGAUUGCCUAUCUGAAGCCCCCCUCCAUCUCCUCCCCAUCCCUGGAUCUGGUGGUGGCAGUGCUGUACUCGCUGGUGCCUCCAGUUGUGAGCCCUCUCAUCUCUAGCAUGAGGAACAGGGAGCUCAAAAAUGCCCUGAGGAAAGUGAUUUCAUGGACAUUUUUCAAUACCAGUAAACUUCCAGUCUUUUUCCACAAGUGA